AAUUUUUUGUUAAAUAGUGCCAAGAUUCGUAAUGGCUACCUUGUGGACAAAGCUUGGGAAGUGUUCCAAGCUGCCAACAGCAACAAGAUCAACUCUCACAACCAGAACAGUCAGGGUGCUUCAGUUGUCAUGAUAUCAUCCAAAAGGAAGGCUGAGGAGGAUGACAUUUGCCAUACAGCUAAGAAAUCUAAAAAGAAACAGAAACUUCAGGAGAUGGAGAUGACGCUUGAAGAAACAAGUGACAGAAAAAAGAAACGAGAUGCAGAUGAUGGUAAAAAUGUAGCUUCUGGGACAAAUGAAAAUAACAGGGGGGGAAAUGAGGCUCACAACGCCAUGGGGGAAAAUGUGAGAGAAGAUCCCUCCAAGUUCAAGUGGAAAGUGGCAAUAAAUAUUGUUCUUCAAAAAGCCCCACAAGAGGGCAUGAAAAUCAGUAAGUUAAAAAAAAAGAUUUUCUCACAUUACUAUGCUUCAAAAGGUGCAUCUGAUCACCUAAAAUCAAAGGAAGAAUUAUCUGCUAAACUGAACAAGAUUUUGGAAAUGAAGAAUAAAUACAUUGUGGAUAAUGAUAGAGUGAAAUUGAGAGGUCAGUAAUAUAUUGGUCAGAAGGUUUUAAAUUUAGUUAUAAAAUAAUUUAAAGCAAAAGGAUUUUGGACAACAGACAGCCAGCAGUAUGCACACAUAAACUGUGUACUGUACAGUAUUGUCAUAAUUAGUUACUUGCAUGUGGGAAAAACUUUUAUUUACUAUUUAUCUGUGUUAAUUGUAUAAUGUGUACAAAAUACUACAUGAAUAAAAGGACAAACUUGGGAAAAAA